GAACCCUAGCAGCCAGUAGUAGCAUUUUUUCAGGGUUAAAGAGAAGCGUGCGCGCUCCACCUUGCCAUCGAUCGAUUCGCUGGCUUGGCCCCGUGAGUGAGAUUAACAGGAGAUGGGUUUCAAGGGGACGAAGCAGGAGAAGAAAGAGGUCUAUGACAGGAAAAUGGUCGAUCUGCUGGAGACCUACAGCAAGGCGCUGAUUUGCGCGGCCGACAAUGUUGGGUCGAAUCAGCUGCAGCAAAUCCGCAGGGGAUUGAGGCCGGAAUCGGUGGUUCUCAUGGGGAAGAACACUCUCAUGAAGCGGACGAUCAGGACUUACGCCGAGAAGAGCGGCAACACGACUGUUCUCAGUCUCAUGCCUCUUUUGGUGGGAAAUGUGGGACUUAUCUUCACCAAAGGUGAUCUCAAAGAAGUUCGCGAGGAAGUCGCGAAGUACAAGGUUGGAGCGCCUGCUCGUGUCGGACUUGUUGCCCCGAUCGACGUGACCAUUCCUCCUGGAAGCACUGGGCUUGAUCCCUCGCAGACAUCUUUCUUCCAGGUUCUCAACAUUCCCACCAAGAUCAACAAGGGAACUGUCGAGAUCGUCUCGUCCGUGGAGCUCAUCAAAAAGGGAGAGAAAGUUGGCUCCUCGGAGGCAGCUCUUCUCGCAAAGCUGGGCAUAAGGCCAUUCUCUUACGGGCUCGUCGUCCAGAUGGUCUACGACGAUGGCUCCGUCUUUGAUCCCGCUGUUCUGGAUCUCACCGAGGACGACCUCGUCGGUCGCUUUGCCGCUGGUGUCUCGGCAGUGGCGGCGCUGUCGCUGGCUAUCGGCUAUCCGACUCUAGCAGCAGCGUCGCACUACUUCCUCAACUCUUACAAGAACGUUCUUGCUGUGGCUCUUGCGACCGAUUACUCGUACCCUCAGGCCGAGACCGUGAAGGAGUAUCUCAAGGAUCCCAGUAAGUUUGCUGUGGCUGCCAGUGAAGCUCCGGCUGCGAGUGAAGCUCCGGCUGCCAAGGUUGAAGAAGAAACGAAAGCAGAGCCUGAAGAAGAAUCUGAUGAUGACAUGGGCUUAAGUCUUUUCGAUUAGAUUUCUUGUCAAAGCUUCUGAGAAGUGUUAUUUGGUAUUUUGUUUGCUUAAUAUUUGUUAUUAAACUGCUACUUUGCAAGAGAAGGAAAUCAUGUUUUUUGAUGUU